UAGAUAGAUAGGUAGCGGAAUCCUCCGAGGUUUCCGUGCUAUUUCGUUUUUCGUCUGUAGCGUCAGCGGCAUGGCGUCAUGUCUGAAGGAACCAGACUCGGAAACAGAAAUGGCCAGAAGCGAAGCUUCCAAGAAUUGUCCAGGGUUGUAUAGUUAUUUGCCAAACUGGGUAUCCCGCUGGCAACGAUAUCACGUAGAAAACGUUCUUCACAUUAACUAUGAAAAGAAUAGUAGCGAACUGUCGGAUGUUCUCGAGAAAAUCCCCAAAAUAAACAAUUUAAGCAGUCAGCAGAAGAAGUACAUUGAGAUUUUGAAAAACACAAAUUUCGGUCCUAAUAUCGGACUUAAAAGAACAGCUUACGCUAACUCACAGACCAUAAAACUUCUUGAUGAAGCAUUGGAGGAGCUAGAGGCCAGCAUUCCUAUAAUCAAAUCAAGUUUGACUUCUGCAAAUGGAUCACUUAUAUAUGUCCGAAUGAGGGAGUAUAUUACUGCACUUGUAGGGUUUGUAAAUACAAUUUACCAGAUAUCAAAGACUUGUGCUGAACAUGCUGAAAAAGAAAUGACUCCUUUUAUUUCUGAAGAAACAUACUCCGGAGUUGUAUCAGCAUUUGCAGCCAUGUGUGGAUUACGAGUUGAAAAUGGUACUGCAGAUAAUCAGGCUGUAUGGGAUAAUUUGAGAGGAAUUGGUAAAUUAGUUAUCUCAAAGCCAGACUUUAGAUUUCAUUGUACAGGAGAAAACUUUAAGGAUCUUCAUAGUAAAUCAUUAACUGUUAUAGAGGUAAAGUACAAAGGCCAGUAUACAGAAGAAGAAAACCGGAAAAGGAAACAACAGGAGGAUUCAGAAAAGAGAGCAAAAAGGAGACGUUAUAAUGUCUCAAAUUCAUCUUCUUCUUCCUCUACACCAACUGAGUCUGUUGAACAUAGGUGCUAUUCUGAGGCACUGAAACAAAACCCACUCCAAACUGAAAACAAUAUUAGACCUUUGAUAGAGUUAGAUGUUGGGAAGCAUACCUUAGGACAGCAUGCUGGAGAACUCUUACUAGAUCUGCACAACUACAUGGAACAACAUUCAGAUGUAAAAAAUGAAAAACCAUCAACAUUAACUAUGCCUGGAAUGAUUAUUGAUAAAACAAUGGUGUACAUGACUCUUCUAGAAAUGUCCUAUCAGCAUUAUGAGAAACUUGCUGGGGCUGAACAGCUGACAAGUGAAGACAGAGCUAUCAUAUAUUAUUCAGCACCUCAUAGUAUUUUUGACAAGGAGGAUAGUUUCAUUUUAUUCAAUACUAUGGUAUACCUGAAUAACAUACAGUCAAUUAUGAAAUGGGACAAAUCAACAUAAUGUUGCUGUUGAUGGUGGCAGUAGGCCAGAAUUUCUUUUCACCUUUCCUAUUUCUCUAGAAAAAAAAAUGGUCCUUCCCUUAAAAAAUAUUGAAAUUUCAUGUCAACAGCUAUUUUUAUGCCUCAACAGCAUAUAUGUUCCUGCUGAUGAUUUUGAAAUCUUUAAUGGGCCUUCAGGGUAUAAGCAUAUUAUAUCAACAGAGAGAUGGAUUUAUGGAUUUUUUAAAAUAUCAUACUUAUUAGAGCCCACAUCUUGGAUGUUGUAGCCUGAUUGUUUUCACUUUUGUCACUUAUCCAUCUGUCGACAGUUUUUGUGAGCAUACAAUCUCCGAAACUAUAUAAAGAGUGAACUGAAAUUUUGUACAUUCAGUAAUUACCAUGUAAAGAUAUGCAUUAUAAGUUUUGGUUAAAAUAAAUAAUUACUUUUCCAAAAAUUUUUUUUUUUUAUGAAAUUCACAAAUUUUGAGUAUCAAAUUAUUGGUGUGCAAAAUUUACAAAUAUACAAAUGGUGAACUGAAAAUUUUGUACAUUUAUGAAUUUAAUUUUUAUAUCAAAAUUAAUUAGGAUUUUAUAUCCCCUCCAUUUCUUUGGUCAAUUUCUGUUAAAAUUUUGUUUGAAUAUAUGUUUUAUAGGCGUCAAAACCUAAAUCUAUACCGAUGGAACAAUAUAUUUAGGACAACAUUAUCCCUAUCUGCCUUAGACUCAACUGUAAAACACCAGAAUAUUUGUACAGGAUAUCAAUAUUGUAUUUGUUUCUAAUUGCACCAAAUAUCAAUUAGUUUUGGUAUACCUUAAUGCUUAUAGUCUUUCUAUAUCAACUAUAAAUAUCAAUUUUUGAAAUAUGAAUCAAAAUUGGUCUGGUGACCUGGUGUUAUAUUUGAAGUGAAGCUUGUGAAAUCCACAAGGAUUCCAGGUUAAGAUAGUUUUGUUUCAAUGGGUGUUGUGGUUCUAUUGUUGUAGAGAAGAUUUUUCAAAUUCAGACCAAUUAGAUCCCUUUUUGGUUCCUUGAACCUAUAUCAGAUUUUUCAUCAGAACAAAGGUAAAACCACUUGGUAAGUGCCUUUCAAAGAACAUUGAUACAAGGUUUGUUUUCAUUUAAUUGCAUCGAUUUUUGGGAAGAAUAGUUAAAUGCAAUUUCCAUUUUGUGUAAAUAAACUUUGUCUUCGGAUUUAAAGUGAUGGCAAUUCAUAUUUUGCGUUUGGCCAAUUAAGCAAUCAACUGAACAUUAUGGAAUUCCAAUCUUUAUGGGUUAUCUUUGUUUCCUGAACUAAAAAUAUUUAAAACAUGAUACGCAUUAGCGGUGCUCGAAAUGGUUGGAAGGCCAAAUGAAUGAUGAGUUGGAAGAGCAGUGAAAAACAAAAGUUCCAAUCUAUGCCUGAUUGUUUACGAACCUAAGUGUUUACAACAGUUUUAACACUUUAUGAAAAUACUCAUAAACAGAAAAUUAUCAUGUCAAUGAUAUUUCAUGCAAUUUUGCUCUUAUUAAACAAAUAUUAAAUGACAGUCAGAAUAAUAAACACACUACCUAAUUGUCA